AUGGGCUCUUACGUCGCUCGCCAUCCCUCUCCUAGCAACUCUUAUGGGGGGAAGUUGUACGAGGCUCAGGGACAUUCGCCGCAGCGCCUUGUGCCUUCUUCUCAGACGCCGCCGCCCGGAGGUCGCCAUCGCACGCCUUCCAGAAACCUGAAUCCCCAGCAUCCAACCCAUGCCCCAUCUCAAGGCAUCAACUAUCUAUCAUACCUGCAACCAGCCAGCACUCCUCCCUAUGCAUAUUUCUGCGAACGUAUUGUUCGCGUUAAUGACCAGCAAGCUUCGAUAUUCAUCCAGCAAAAGCUCAAGGCAGUUGACGCCGCGGAGCGUUUCAAAAUCGUUGAUGCUAUUGUGGAAAAAGGACUUGAUCUGAUGACUAACCGAUUCGGCAAUUGGGCUGUCCAGCGUUGUCUUGAAGAUCCCUGCACAGCUGAGGAAAGGGUCAAGGUGGUCAAUGUCAUGCGUGGUCACGUCGUGGAACUCGCCACCUCUCCUUAUGGGACUCACGUGGUACAGAAGGCUCUGGACGGGGACGAACGUUGCAAGCUGCUCAUUGUAAACGAACUGCUUAUGGACGAUCCUGGUGAAACCCUCAUCAACAAGCAUGCCAGCCAUGUUUGGAGCAAAAUCAUGGAACUUCAAUGGGAAGGCAAUGUUCCCCCCAUUUUUGAAUACGUCAAUCAUGCACUGCGCGGCAAAUGGGCACAGCUGGCCUGUCAUGAGACGGGCUCCCUCGUCGCCCAGCACGUGUUCGAAAAUCUAAGCGAAGAACUAAAAAGGCCUUGUGUCGACGAGGUGCUGGACAAUUUGGUUCUGUGCUCUAAGAACCAGUGGGGAAGUUGGGUUGUGCAACACAUUGUUGAACAUGGUUCACCCGAGGCAAAAGCUCGAGCAAUUUCAAUCCUCACAAGAGAAAUUCUCACCUUGGCUACCGAUCAGCAGGGUGUGAAGUCGCUCGAUAAAGCUCUGAAGCAGAGCGAUCCCAUGGUUCUGGAUGGCUUUGUACGGAAGAUGGCUGAGUCUCGUGUCACAGGAAAGCGGGCUAUCAUUGUUGACAUGGCAUUAACGCUGCCUGGCAGCCAGUUUAUCACCCAAGUCUUGAAUAUGGUGGGGAAAGAGCAUCGCGCCAUGCUUUCCGACGCUCUUCGCAGCCAUGUUGUCACGUUGAAAGGCUCGCGCACGGGUGCUAAAGUGAUCUGGAUGUUUGAGAAGGCGCGCUCGUAUAAUUCUUGAAGCAGGUUCUUCAACAUUUUCUGCCCAUCUACACCGUAUCAAAUACUUCAUCACAGGAUGAAGCACGAAAUUAUGCUCUGAACGAUGCUGAUAUACUCACCCCAUUGCGGACGUUCGAUACUAUAUGCCAUCACACGACUUUCUACCAAAGCAUUCCCCCACGCAUGAGACUCAUCAUUCAUUCCCGUCGCGCGGUUUCUGAACCCGCAAGGCGGUGCCCGAUCGCAUCACCUUUCUCGAUUUUCUUCGUUCUCUUCUCCAUGUCGUCUCUUCUUCUGCAUUCUAUUUCUCUAUCCGUAUUACUCGAAGGCCCAUAUGUAGCAAGGUGUGGUGAUGGGUCUCGGC